UAUCAUCCUCUGUGCUGCUGCUGCGAGCACUGAAAACCUCCUGCCUGCUGCUGGCUUGGCAGCAGCAUAUACAUACAUAGAUACAUAUAAUGUACAUGUGCCGUGCUUAGUGCAGUACAACGCAGGCAAGUUGUUCAUGAGCUCGUCGUCGUCUCUCUUGUCUCUCUUUUGUCUAUAUAUCUUCUAUCUCUAAAUUAUACUGCCAUUUGCCAAUUUAGCUUAUACUCUUGACAGGCGUCAUUUGCAACUACUAUACUACGCGCGCAGAAGAUAAUUGGCGUAGCGAAAAAGAAAUAGAAAAAAUAGAAUUCGGUCUUCUACGCGCAGCUGGGUGGCCGAUAUCGUGUACUUUUCUUUUCUUUUUUUUUUUACAUUUGUUGCUGCUGCUGCUGUGCAGUGUGUGCUAUGUGCGCGCUAUUGCUGCGGCCAUUCGCCCCGUCGUGCUGCACUUGGUCGAGGACGUUGUCGCCGUCGUCGUCGACGAGAUAAGUGCGCGUUCCCGAUCUCGCCGUUUCUUUUUUCUCGCUUCUUUUCGUUUCUUUUCUUCGAAGCGAGAUUAACAGAAGAAAAAGUGAAAACGGUUACGACAAGUGUUUACGUGUACGUAUAUAUGUAUUGAAUGAUCGUAGUCCAUACUACUAAGAGCACGCGUUACGUCCACGAGAGAGCCUAGGAACGCGAGACUAUAGGGACAGAUAUUUAUUGUUUUGUUUUUUUUUCUCUCUCCUCUCCUCGUUGGUGCGUUGUUGGUGCGUGUGUUUGGCAGCGCACAGCUGCACGGGGACCUUUAAAUCGCUUGUCAUUCGUGCAUCAUAGACACAGUGCUAUAGUGAAUUUUUUUGUAUACAACGACAGCAAAAUGAGCCGAAAAUCAAUGGGUUGCGCCACGGCGAGAUUGAAGCAGGAUUACCUGCGACUCAAGAAGGAUCCAGUUCCCUACGUCCAGGCCGAACCUGUACCGUCAAACAUUCUGGAGUGGCAUUACGUCAUAACGGGACCGGAGAACACUCCAUACCAGGGUGGCUACUACCAUGGAAAGCUGAUCUUCCCCAGAGAGUUUCCCUUUCAACCACCGAGCAUAUACAUGAUCACACCCAAUGGCAGAUUCAAGACCAACACGAGACUGUGUCUUUCGAUAUCAGACUUUCAUCCAGACACAUGGAACCCAGCCUGGAACGUCUCUACCAUACUCAUCGGUUUACUCAGUUUUAUGAUUGAGAAUGGUUCGGCACUUGGAGCAAUUACUACAUUAGAAUAUGAGAAAAAAGUAUAUGCAGCACAGAGUCUGGCAUUUAAUUUAAAAGACAAACUAUUUUGUGAACUUUUUCCAGAAACUGUAACGAUAAUUGAAACAGAAUUGGAACGACGAAAAGAACUAGAAACAAAAGCGAAACUUCAAGCAGGGUCAAACAGAACUACAAAUACAAAUCAAGAAGAUCAAAUGGAUCAAAGUCACUUACAGACAGUUAUGUCAAAUUUUCUUAUAGUGAUUGGUUUGGCUUUGUUUGCAAUUGUUGUUAAGUAUGUGCUAAGGAACAUUAAAACACAAGAAUAUGUUGAUCAAUAAAAAAUGAUAAAAUUAUAAGUUGCCUGAGUUACCAAAAGCACUUGAGUUGCGGUCAGUCAUAACACAAAGAAAAUUUUAUAUGUAACAUUAGGAACACAUGAAAUACACAACAUCUGCCAUUCUCAUAACUAUUUCUUUAUAACUGCUUUAAACUGGUGCUUUUUUCAUUUUUCUGAAUCUUUUUUAUAAUAUAAUAGAAAUUAUAAUCAUUCUUAGAUUUUAGAUUUGGAUUCUUGAGUAGACUAAUUUUAUAAUUAAACUAAAAAUUUGUAUCGCACAGAGUUAAAACAUUUUUGUAUUGCCAGUUUUAGUAUGACAUCCAUUAAUUGUGCCAAUAAGAAGAAAAUUCGCUGACUUUUUACCAAGAACGAAAUGAACUCAUAGAAACUGUCUCAUAAACAGUUACAGUAAUUUCAAUUUAUUUUGAGAUGAUUUUUUUAUAAUAUUAAUUAUUUCUUUGGAGCUACAAGUCUUACUGAACAGCUAUGUUCUGAAAAAUGUUAAUCGGAAUGUGUAUAGUUUUUAUUCUUAACACGAGUAUCAAUAACAACACGCAAAAAAAAACUCAAGAUGUUUACAAAAUGUAACAUUACAUUAAUUUGUUGUAUAUUAAGCUUUUGUUUUCUGUUUGAUCAUUAAGUUUUCAAUUAUUUAUAAAUUUAUUUCAUUUUCUAAUUUAGAUUUUACAUGUAAGAAAGUUUUGCCUUGGAAUUAAAAGCAUUAGAAAAUUAACGAUUACGAAAUUUGCUAUUGUGCAUAUGUUUAAUGUCUCAGAACUCUGGAAAUGUAUAAAUAAAAUUAUAAA